UAUCUGUACAUAAUAUAAGGACGUAGCACUGCAGUUAUACACACUUUGCUCUACUACGUAAAAGUGUUUGUUUGAUAUUACUAGCUUGCCUUUGGUUACUUUUAUACGUUGAGUCAGUGAGGUUGUAUUGAAAUUAUAAAAUUUAUUAAAUAGUCCAAAGUUCUAAGACAGUAAUUUAAGCUGAAUUCAGAAUAAUGAAUCCUUUAAGUCAAAUAGUCCGUGCCACGCGCCCCAUUUAUCGUAAGCUGUCUACUACACCAGUGGUAUCGUCAGCACCGAAGCCUAUUCCUUCUACUGGCAUCUGUUUUGAGCUAAACGACGAACAGAAAGCCCUUCAGGAACUGGCACGCAAGUUCACUCGUGAGGAGAUCGUGCCGGUCGCGGCGCACUACGACAAGACUGGAGAGUAUCCAUGGCCCAUCGUGAAGAAGGCGUGGGAAGUCGGCCUAAUGAACGGACACAUACCCGAACAUUGCGGGGGCAUGGGAAACUUUGGAGUUUUCGAUGAGUGCAUUAUCGCUGACGAAUUAGCCUUUGGAUGCACUGGUAUAACAACAGCGAUUGGCGGCACCAGCCUAGGACAAACCCCCGUUAUCAUAGCGGGUAAUAAGGAACAACAGAAAAAGUAUCUCGGUAGAUUGAUCGAGGAGCCAAUAGUCGCAGCGUACUGCGUCACCGAACCCGGUGCAGGGUCCGAUGUAGCAGGUAUUAAGACAAGGGCUGAAAAGAAGGGCGACGAAUGGAUCCUCAACGGUCAGAAAAUGUGGAUCACUAACGGUGGUGUCGCCAACUGGUACUUCGUACUCGCGAGGACGAAUCCUGAUCCUAAGUGCCCUGCAAGUAAGGCUUUCACUGGGUUCAUCGUUGAAAGAGAAUGGGCGGGAGUUACGCCGGGUCGCAAGGAAAUAAACAUGGGUCAACGCGCGUCUGACACCCGUGGAAUAACAUUCGAGGAUGUCCGCAUUCCCAAAGAAAACGUGUUGAUCGGCGAAGGUGCCGGAUUCAAGAUCGCUAUGGGAGCUUUUGACAAGACCCGUCCGCCUGUGGCAGCAGGAGCCACUGGUCUCGCCCAGCGCGCCUUAUACGAAGCAACCAAAUAUUCUCUUGAGCGUAAAACAUUCGGCGUACCCAUCGCUAGUCACCAAGCUGUCUCCUUCAUGUUAGCCGAUAUGGCUAUCGGUGUGGAAACAGCUCGUCUAGCUUGGCAGAAGUCAGCCUGGAUGGUCGACCAUGGACAAAAGAACACAGUGAUGGCAUCCGUUGCCAAAUGCUACGCUUCCGAAAUCGCCAACAAGGCGGCCUCUGACGCCGUUCAAGUGUUCGGCGGCAACGGCUUUAACAGCGAAUAUCCUGUCGAGAAACUAAUGCGUGACGCUAAGAUUUACCAAAUCUACGAGGGAACAUCACAGAUUCAAAGACUUAUCAUUUCAAGAGAACUCAUCACCUCUGCCAAGCAGAGUAAUGCUUAAAUCAUCAAACUUCUCUUUUGAAUAAGUAUUGUUGAUGUAAGGCUGAGAGUACAAUUACACUUAUUUCAUGCAACUUAUUAUUCUUUUUAUAACAAUAUUUUUUAAACAACAACUUAAAAGUGCCUUCGCUUUUUUAAAUUCCACUUUAUACGCAUAUUUUUAGAUCAAUUUUACUACAAACGAUGCUAUAUUUCGCAUCUUGUACCCACAUUAAAACUGAGUUGUAUAUUCUUCUCGUAUAGUAUUUAUGUUCGGUUUUAAUCUGUAGUCUGUGUUAAAACCGAUGAAUUGUGUUAAAUAUAAUUUCCUAUACAUAAACAAUAAAGGUUUUAUACAAUUGUAUUUAUUUAUAUUUUGUUAAAUCAACAUAACCUAUAUAAUUAUUUUAGAUACAUAUUUUUUAAUUUAGUUGUGGAAGACAAUAACGUACUUUCUAAUAAAGUUAUCUUUCUACCUGUUGUCAUAAUUAAAAUCUUAAAUGUA